AUGGGCUUCUUCCCUGUUUUCGACGCUCCCCCGCCUGGGUCUCAGUUUGGAAUCCAUCAUCCUCAACCCAGUCCUUAUCCUGGUGCUCCACCUCAACCUGGUCCAAUUGAUGUGUUUACUGUUGGUUGCGAUGGAAGCCCAUUUGUUCCUCCUGGUCAUGGCGGAGGCGGCGGAGGUGGUGGUGGUGGACCUGGUCCUCGUCCUGAUUCUCCACCUUCUUCGCGUGGUGGGUUGUCUAUGUCUGUCUCAUCUGGUAAAUCCAGUAAAUCUGGCGGUGGCGGCGGAGGUGGUGGUGGCGGAGGAGGCGGAGGAGGCGGAUCAAAGAAGAAGAAAAAUCUACAAUUUUUUGCUUGGUUGAUGAUAGGAUAG